AUGAUUGUUGCAAGACACCUGGGAUACAUAGUUGCUGGCUACUGGUCUAUUGUGCUCGCUGUCACUGUCACUGCCGAUGGUGGAGCCUCGCUACGGCAGAGCGGGUACCCAGAGGGGCACAAGCAAAGAUCUUCGAGCUGUCAAUUCAGAGACGGAGCUGAAAAGGCACUCGAACCAGCCAUGCGUGCUUCCUCCGAACGAUCCUCCACCGAUGCCAUGGCCAGAGACGAACCUGACUUAAUGGUGCCCACACCGCACGAGGAGCAGCCCUUGCUGCGUCCCGAUGCUGAAGCCCUCUGGAAGCCACCGGUAGGCUUCGUUUGGAUCCAACUAGCCAUCAUGUCGAAUGUGUUCCUGUCUGGUUUCGACGGCACUAUCACUGCCUCAACCUAUGCUGUAAUCAGCUCCGAAUUCAACGCAGCCAAUACCGCCUCGUGGCUCACAACUUCCUACCUGAUCACUAGCACCGCAUUUCAGCCACUAUACGGUCGCUUCUCGGACAUUUUCGGUCGCCGAACCUCCUUCUUUACAGCGACAAUCACUUUCAUGAUCGGCUGUUUGGGUUGUGGGAUCGCUAAAGAUAUUGUCCUUCUGAAUCUGAUGAGAGCGCUGACCGGUAUUGGCGGUGGAGGCUUGAUGACAAUGGCCACUAUUAUCAACUCAGAUCUCAUCCCCUUCCGUCGUCGCGGCAUGUAUCAAGCCGUACAAAACGUUCUACAUGGAUUUGGGUCCAUCUGCGGCGCAUCGUUUGGAGGGACCAUUGUCGAUUCAGUUGGGUGGCGCUGGUGCUUUCUGUUACAAGUACCGGUCGGGCUUCUAGCUCUGAUUACCGGUCAUCUUGUCUUGAACCUGCCAACCCAGGACAAGUUUGCCAGCGAAGGCAGGAGUCUGCGGACAAUCUGGAAAUACGUAGAUCUGUCUGGAGCUUGUGCUCUGAUCGUUGGUCUUUCAACACAGUUGGUGGGUCUAAGCUUGGGUGGAAAUGAGCUCCCCUGGUCCAACGUGUGGGUGAUCUUGUCAUUCGUGGCAAGUAUAGUAUCAAUGGGCCUUUUCGUACUCAUUGAGGCAAAGACAACUGCAAUCCCAUUGAUUCCCCCUCGAAUGUUGAAAGGUGUUCUGCCUGUUGCUACGCAGGUUGCCAAUGUCUGCGUGGGAAUGGCUGCCUAUGCGUUCCUUUUUACGCUCCCAUUAUUGUUUCAGGUAAUCCUUUUGGAUUCCCCUUCUAAGGCAGGUGCCCGACUUGCCGUACCGUCUCUUGCUACUCCGAUUGGUGGUGUGAUUUCUGGCUAUGUGAUGUCGCGCUGGGGUAAAUUGGCCUACCUAGUCCGCACAGGCUCGUUUCUCAUGUGCAUUGGCAACAUACUUGUGAUGCUCCUUCAGUUCAAUGACGCAGAGUGGAAGUACUACGCGGCCAUGAUUCCCGCCAGUCUUGGCCAAGGCAUCACUUAUCCAGGCAUCUUGUUCACGUUCCUUGCCGCAUUCGAUCACGCCGACCACGCAGUUUCAGCGUCUACUGUCUAUCUGGUCCGUUCGAUGGGUACGGUGUGGGGCGUCGCCAUUACGUCCACCAUUAUCCAGAACACCUUGCGCUCAGGCCUCGCUGAGGCCUUGAGUGGAAUACCAGACAAAUGGAAAGUUAUCGACGACAUCAGACAUUCAGUGUCUGCCAUCCAUAGUCUGCCGCCAGAGAUCCAGCUGGCUGCGCGGAUGGUCUAUUACCGGGGUAUACGCCUGUCAUUCUUGGCGUCAGCGUGUUUCGGAUUCGUUGCUGCUACUGCAGCUCUAUUCACUCGCGGAAAGGGCCUCCAUCGCUCCAGCGAGGCGUAG